AUGACUGUCAGUACUCAAAUUUGGUCGUGGAUUAUCGUCGCAUGCGUUUUAAUCGUGUCAUUUUAUUUUUACAAUAAUCACAAAUUUCUCACUUAUGUGUACACUGUGGAUACAAUGGACGAAUUCUCCCUAACGAUCCCACCGUCAGCAGUGAGUUCCAUCUUGGAAAACGAGUGCAAAUGGCCACUGCUGCGGCCUGUGCUUGUUAGUCUGUCGAAUGCUAGCCCUCGCUUCAGAUCAAUCAAAUGCAACACCGCUAUGGAGCCAUUUGCAUUCUUGGACGAGUAUGGAUUUCUAGAAUUAUCGCAACCGAAUACUGGUGGAAGACUGAUUAUGGAUACAAAUAUAUCGUGCUACUAUCACCCGCUGUCGAACAACACAGCUGGCAAGGUCAUUAUAGGUGAGCCCACAAAGGUGAACUUCAACGAAGCCAUUGCAAUCCGCCGCAAUCAGUUCGUUGUGGAAUGUAAUCGCAGUUCGCCAAAAGAUGUGCUUUACAGAAAGGCAUUCGUCAACGUGCCUACUUAUACGGAAGAAGGAGAGGAGCAGAAAUUCGUGAGAAGCGAUCCGGAACAACCAUCUUUGGCCAUACUCGUGUUUGACUCGGUCUCCCUGAACCAAUUCAAGAGGAACAUGCCGAGAACGACAAAGUUCCUCAUCGACAACGAUUUCUUCAUAUUCAACAUGUACAAUGAGGCCAAUCGUGAGUGCUCAACAUAUUUGAGCGAAGAAAUUGGAGAUUUUCCCUCAAUUCUUGGCAAUAUGAGCCUUGACGUUGAACACGACCUUCGACCCUUCCACUCUUAUGUUUGGGAAAACACGAAAGGUUACUGCUCGCCUGAUGGCCAUAUCGCCUCUCACGACUUCCUUGAAUACUGGAGAAAUACGCUGAUCCAUAUUAGAACACGAUGCCAUUUUUCCAUGCUUUAUUUGAGAACGCUCACCAGAAUGCGUUUUGAACAUCUCCCAGUGAUGGACAAUGAAGUAAGGGAGUCACUGGAAAUACUCAAAGCGAAUAGGUUGUUCGAAGACACCACCUUUGUUCUGUUGUCAAGCAGGGGAAAUCCUGCGAGGGUCAAGGAUGAGUUGUUCACGGCUCGCGUCGAGGAGCGAUCGCCACUCUUCGCCAUUAAACUUCCAGAAAAAUUCCUACGCAAGAAUCCCACCCAAAAAGUAGCCAUGGAAUACAAUGUAAACAGGUAUACAUGGAACAUUGUAACGGUCGAUUCUGGCGGUGGAGCAAAGAGUCCAGCCACUACAUGGUUGACCACCACAAAGGACGUUGGUAUGACUUUAAUGGACAUCGCCAAUAUGAGCUUUUCCAUAAACAUGGAUACACCACCGAUAAGCCAAGAUGAAGCAUUGAUGGGAGCAUCUUGCCUACGACAUAUCCAUUCCAACUGGCGGUCGUGCGACGAUGCUGGUAUCCCUCCACAAUUGUGCCUAUGCAUGGAUAAGAAGGUUCUACAGUCCGAUGACUAUACCAACGUUACAGAAGAGUACGAGCUGAUGUUUGAGUAUUUGAAGUCGGAAAUUCUUCGCAAUGACUGCUUGGAAAGAGUAGAGCAACCUCCAAAAUUCACCAAAGCUACAGUGUAUUCACUCAAUGCGAUGGUUCAACAAGGGAUCAAACGGGAACAUGACUGGCACCAUGCGCGAAUAUCCUACCAUGAUUUGGGAAUGAAGUACUUGGAAGUCACUGCGAAAGUUUUCCCUAUUACCAGAAGCACCGACAGAAUAAAGGCGAGAUUCGCAGCUCGAAUGAUGUUUCGCAGCACUGCAGAAGGUGGACUUGAACCGGUUGGAAGACCGCUGAUCAGAUGGAUCAACCACGAUUGUGACACUUAUGAAGUGAAAGACUACUGUGAAAUGUGCUACUACAAUCGCAUUUUUAGCUAA